CGGCGCUGGGGAGGGAGCGCGGCUAUGGAGGCGGUGCGGGCGCAGCGGCUGCAGCCCGGGGUGGGCGCGGGGCCCCGCGGGGCCCGGCCCGGCCUCACCGGAGCCCCUGCAGGGCUCGGACCGGCAGCGGGAACGGGGUCGGGGCUGGGGCCGGGGCUGGGGCUGCCGCCGCCGCCGCCCCCGCUGGGUCUGCAGGGGCCCCCCGCGCCCCCCGGGACCGGGGCCGGGGCCGGGGCCGUGCCCGGGCCGCCCGCGGUGCUGCGGGAGGCGGUGGAGGCCGUGGUGCGGAGCUUCGCCAAACACACGCAGGGCUACGGCCGCGUGAACGUGGUGGAGGCGCUGCAGGAAUUCUGGCAGAUGAAGCAAUCGCGCGGGGCCGAGCUGCGCAACGGCGCCCUGGUACUCUACGAGAUGGUCCCGGCCGCCAGCCCCCCCUACGUCUGCUAUGUCACCCUGCCCGGGGGCAGCUGCUUCGGCAGCUUCCAGUUCUGUCCCACUAAGGCUGAGGCGCGCCGCAGCGCGGCCAAGAUUGCGCUGAUGAAUUCCGUGUUCAACGAGCACCCUUCCCGCCGGAUCACUGACGACUUCAUCGAGAAGAGUGUCUCCGAGGCCCUGGCAUCCUUCAACGGCAAUCGAGAGGAGGCGGAUAAUCCCAACACUGGGAUCGGGGCCUUCCGCUUCAUGCUGGAGUCCAACAAGGGAAAAUCCAUGCUGGAGUUCCAGGAGCUGAUGACGGUUUUCCAGCUGUUGCACUGGAACGGGAGCCUGAAGGCCAUGCGGGAGCGUCAGUGCUCGCGCCAGGAAGUCCUGGCUCACUAUUCCCACCGUGCUCUGGACGAUGACAUCCGGAACCAGAUGGCCCUGGACUGGGUGAACCGGGAGCAGAGCAUUCCGGGUGCCCUUUCCCGGGAGCUGGCGGCCACAGAGCGGGAGCUGGAUGAGGCCCGGCUGGCCGGGAAGGAGCUGCGAUUCCAUAAGGAGAAGAAGGACAUCCUGCUGCUGGCGGCUGGCCAGCUGGGCUCGGCGCACUCCUCUGGCUGCUGAACCCCAGGAUCCUGCCCCGGGAUCCCUCCUGGUGCUCCUGACACCCUUUCCUGAAUCCCAGCCCGUUUGCACAUUUGAAAGAAAUUUAGGGAAAAAGCUCCAGAAUGGAUUUUAGCAGUUUCAUCCUGGCUUUUAGAGCUGCUCCUCAGUCUUCUCAUUCCCUGGAGAAUGUCUUAUUCCUUUGAGAACCCCUUGUUCCCUAGGGAAGUUUUUAUUCCCUGGGAAUUCCUCAUUCCCUGCAGAAUUUUUUCUGUCCCUUAUUUUUGGGGUUCCAACCACAGUUUUUGUCCUCUCCGGACUCCAUUGGUACUGGAGCAGGCAGGAUUCCAUGGAAUCCAGUGUUUCCUCUGGAAAAGUCCUUUGGACCCAAUGCCUGGCACCCCCUCUGUCCUAUAGCAGAAAGGGAUCAACUGAACCUCCUUGAUGAGCUCCUUAAUUAAAUCUCAGUGGAUGCCAACGUGUGCAAUAUCCAAAGGGAGUGAAAACUGGGGUUUGGAGUUAAAUCUGGGAUCAGCCCACAGCAUUCCAGUCCCAAGCACAGCACGAUCUGCAGCUCCCCCUGGAAUUGCCCUGUCUGUGACCAAACAUCAGCAUUGGCCUUUUCAUGGAAGGUUGGAAAAGUCUUGGAGAGUUUGGGAAUGAGGGAGGGAUUUGCACUAAUCAUUCCCUCUUGUAUCCAUAUGGAAUUUAGACUAUAUUUAGCUUUAAAAACCUCUUUUACGACAUGGAAUUGUUCAAACAGCUCCAAGUUCCCCCAGGAAAAUGUCCGUUUAUCCAUGGAAAUUUCCAUCUUACUCCCCUUUUCCCUAGCAGACUGGAAAUACAAACUAUAAUCCCAAGACAGAAUUCCUUCUUCACCCCAGCUUAGAGCUUUUCCCACUUCUUAUCCUCUUAAACCCUUCAGAUUCCACUAUUCUACCCUGCUUCUUCCCUCUGCCUGACCGCAGGAUAUUCCAGCAAUAACCAUUGUUUUAGGAUAAUAUUGGAAUAAUUCCAUUAUCUGUAGGUACCCCACUUUUAUAUCCGCAUCCUAACGAGACUAUGUUGGGGGUUUAUAUAUUUUUUAUACUUUCUAUAACACUAUUAACAUUUGAUGUCGCUGGAAAUGGGAUUUAAAAGGGAUGAGGAGUUGUGGAGUGUCAUUUUCCUGAAAUAUUGGAAAAUUUGGAUUUGGGAAUAACGUGGAGUUAGUCCCGCAAUUUAUUCCCCUGAUUCCGCACGUGAGGGAAUCCCUGAAGCUCCUCCCAGCACUUCCAGUGGCGUCCUUAGGCUCCGGGUGAAGAGAUCGGGGAGGAUUUGGGGGUUUCUAUCCCUGUGGAAGAAAAGAAAGAAAAAGAAAAGGGAAGAAACCGGAUAUUCCAUUGCUUGUGGGAUUGGGGCGCCGAUUUGGAGGCUCCAGAUCCCCUUGGAAGGUGUAAAAUGAACAAAUUCAAGUUUUCUCAGUAUGGAAAAAGUUGUGCUCCUUGUGGAGGCAGUGAAAUUAACGGGAAUCCGGCGGGAUAGACACUGGUGUGGAUUUUGUACAAUAAAACCAGCGAUUUUGCUUAA